CGGGGCAGAGUUAGGUCAUCGAAAAAAAUCAAAGCCAAAAGCUUCCUUCUUCUCUUUUUUUUCUGAACUUCCCAAUUUCUCUCCAAAAUUCCCUCAAACUCUCCCAAAUCUCAUCCCGGAUCGCCUCAAUCCAUGGGACCCGGCUCUCUCCCCGCUCCGAACUGAACGGUUUGAGCUCCGAUCCGCCGAAUCCCGGCGAGAUUCCGCGGUUCUCCUCCGAUCUAAGCGCGAUCUAGGGUUUUCUUCGAGUUCCGCAUGAGCUAUCUCGUGAAUCUGGGUUUUUCAACGAAUUCGAACCACUUCAUCACUUGUCUGCUGAUUUUUACUCUCCAUUACUCCCCUCAAUUGCCGCCGUCGAUAAUCAAUUGUAGAAGUCGCUGGAACGGAGAUUAUCGAUCGAGUAAACAUGGAGAGCCGCUGUAAUUCUAAUGAUUCUCUUGAUAAAGCCUCUUACUGUUCGACAGUUGAGAGAAAACCUACUUCUCCUCCUUCUGCCAUCGUUAUUGGCAGUGGUUUUGCUGGCCUUGCAGCUGCCCAUGCACUUCAAAAUGCAUCCUUCAAGGUUGUGUUGUUAGAAUCAAGGGAUAGAAUUGGUGGUCGAGCAUACACUGACUACUCUUUCGGUUUCCCUGUUGACAUGGGUGCAGCAUGGCUGCAUGGUGUUUGCGAAGAAAAUCCCUUGGCUCCCCUGAUAGGGAGACUGGGACUUCCACUUUAUCGCACCAGUGGUGAUAAUUCUGUGUUGUUUGAUCAUGAUUUAGAAAGCUACGCUCUCUUUGAUAUGGAUGGGAAGCAAAUUCCUCAAAAACUUGUGACAGAAGUUGGUGAGGUUUUUGAUAAUAUGUUGAAAGAGGCAAACAAACUUAGACAGGAGAAUAGUGAAGAUAUGUCUAUAGCCAAGGCACUUGCCAUGGUUCUUGAGAGACGUUCUGAUCUGAGGCAAGAAGGACUCGCCAACAAAGUUCUGCAAUGGUACUUGUGCAGAAUGGAAGGGUGGUUCGCUGCAGAUGCAGACACCAUCUCCCUCAAAUACUGGGAUGAUGAAGUUCUCCUUCCUGGUGGUCAUGGUCUCAUGGUCCGUGGUUACCGCCCUGUAAUUAAUACUCUUGCAAAAGGUCUGGAUAUCCGUCUAGGACACCGGGUUACAAAAGUAGUUCGUGGUAAAUUGGGUGUAGAAGUCAGUGUAGACAACGGUGAGUCUUUUAAUGCAGAUGCCGCUGUCAUUACUGUUCCACUAGGAGUUCUGAAGGCCAAUUCUAUAAAGUUUGAGCCAAAGCUUCCCCAAUGGAAGGAAGAAGCAAUAAGAGAUAUUGCAGUUGGCACGGAGAACAAAAUUGCAUUGCACUUUGACAAGGUUUUUUGGCCAAAUGUAGAGUUCCUUGGAGUUGUCUCUUCUUCUUCUUAUAGCUGCAGCUAUUUCCUUAAUCUUCACAAGGCAACAGGUCAUCCUGUACUUGUUUAUAUGCCUGCAGGCCGGCUUGCUCAUGACAUUGAAAAGAUGUCGGACGAAGCCGCUGCCAAUUUCGCUUUUCUUCAACUAAAACAGAUACUCCCAGAUGCGUCCGAGCCGAUCAACCACCUGGUUUCUCAUUGGGGCUCUGAUACGAACUCCCUUGGCUCUUACAGCUACGAUUCGGUUGGUAAACCCCACUACCUGCAUGAGUGGCUGAGGAUCCCUGUAGACAACAUUUUCUUUGCAGGGGAAGCUACGUGCAAAGAUUAUACAGGCACGGUACAUGGCGCCUUCAACACUGGCCUGAUGGCUGCCGAAGAGUGCCGGAUGAGGGUUCUUGAGAGACACGGGGAACUGGAUAUUUUCAAUACUGCCAUGGGAGAAGAAGCGGGCUUUGUUCCGGUACCCUUGCUCAUCUCUCGUAUGUGAUGUAACCCUCUCGUAUGAUCUCUCCUACGCCGUCAACAAAGGGAAAGGCGAUUCUCUCGUGUUUUAGUUUUUUGGCUUACCUUGCAAAACCUUGGCUGGGUGAUGGAGGAGGGGGAUGAGAGAUUUAGUAUGAUAAGAAGAAACAGUCAUUCCCUUUCUAAGGGGAAGUUUUUAUACGAACAUGUUGUGGGUCUAAAAUAAAUAUAUCACUCUCUAGCAUCAAACAUGUAUUAAUGAACUAUGUAAGAAACAUGGUUGACAGAAAACAAACUGACAACCUUGUUUUACUGAAGGUGGUGUGAAAAGACUUUCCAUCCGAAUGA